AUGACGGUUUAUCUUCGAGUUUUCCUCCUGCUCUUCCUGGUGGCCCCUUCGGUUUUCGGAGAGUUUCAUCUUCAUGGAAAAAUUGGAUGCAAAGGAAAGGCGAGUAUGACAGGCGAGAAGAAAAUUGUAAGUUUGGGUUGAUACCUGACUUGUAUCAUUUUUUUUUUAAAAUUUUUUGAAAAGAAGAAUAAGAACUCCACUUCACGUUUUUGAAAAAAAACUCAGUUUUUGGCAAAAAAAUAUUUUUUCCGAGCUGCGCCCAGUCCUUGAUUUGGAACUCCAUUUUCCGAAUGGAUUGAAAUUUUCUUUACUUUUUGACUGAACUAAAAGAUCCGCGAAGGCAUAAAACACCAAGAGGGUUAGCUAAAUAAAAGCUACAAGACAAAGCCCGGGCGCAGCUGGGAUAAAAUCUUUUUUGGAGUGGGCUAGAAAACGAAGUCUUAUUUGAUUUUUAACCCAUUUGAAAGACACCGAUUUAUUUUUAGAGAGCCGAAGUAUUUUCGUUGUCCAUUGUUGGUCGAUUGUCGAAUCCAAAUCAUUGUGGAGACUUCCUGGUAUCCGAAGACCGCUCGUUUGACUUGGUCUGUGAUGACGGACCUUUGGCUUCCAAGUUUUAUGUGCCUCGUGUUUUUAUGCAAGUUUUUUUUUUGAAACUUUGACAGACCUUUUUAAUGUAAUUAUAAAAAAUAUAUGGGAUUUUUAAUCCGCCUUAAUUUUUUUUGGUUUUGUUAGUAAUCGAAAUUAAAUAUUUUUUCAGUUACCAUUCCUGCGAUGGACAUUGUCAUGAAUUCGAAGUGCGCGACAAGUUUGUCUUUGAAAUGGAAUUGUCGGCAGAAGGACGGACCAGACCUCCAAUCUUUUGUUCCCAACAAGUUUACUAG